CGCAUGCAGACGCGCUUGAAACGCAACAUGCGCGUCUUCACAUUCGCCAGUCUGCUGCUGGCAGCGAACUUCACUUCUGCGAUCGAGCUGGACCUCGAGAAUGAAGAUUCCAUCGUCAGCGCCGGCAGGACUAUCGUCGAACACAUCUUCACAAUCUACAAGGGCAACGAGACAGGCGAGAUUCCCGGAUUGCUGCCUGACCCCUACUACUGGUGGCAUGCAGGCCUAAUGUUCGACUCACUCAUCAACUACUGGGCGGUAUCUGGCGAUCGAGACCUCACGGAUGUCGUCUCUCAAGGUCUUGCCUUCCAAGUCGGUCCAGACAACAACUACAUGCCGCCGAACCAAAGCAAGUCAUUGGGGAAUGAUGACAUGGCUUUUUGGGCAUCAGCCGCACUCACCGCGGCGGAAUUGGGCCUCCCUCAGCCUCAGGGCUUCAAUGUGUCAUGGUUACAGCUAGCGGAGAACACCUUCAACUCCAUAGUCGUGCGAUGGGAUACGGAGACGUGUGGUGGCGGCCUAAAAUGGCAGAUCUUCAGCUUCAACAACGGCUACAACUACAAAAACAGUGUUUCUACCUUGACCUUCGCUCAACUGGGCGCUCGACUAGCGCGCUUCACUGGAAACACUACAUACAGCGACUGGGCCGCCAGAUCCCUCACAUGGCUCCAAGAAGUCGGUCUCUUCGAGCUCCCAUCUGGACAAGAGGGCAGCGAAGCUUCCACCGCCUCUAACAGAGUCGCGAUUUACGAUGGCACCGACGACUUAACCAAUUGUAGCGAAAUCAAUCACAUUGAAUGGACCCAAAACGCCGGUCUUCUGCUCUCCACAAGCGCAUAUGCCUCCAAUGCGACGGGUGGCACUCGAACAUGGUCGGCAUAUUCGUUUGCUGGACUCGUCUACGCAAAUACCUUCUUCGCUGGUUCAGAAGACGAUAGUACUCGAGGAAUCAUCACCGAGCCUGCUUGUAUUCCAACCGAAAAUUGCAACGUUGACCAAAUCGCUUUCCGUACAUUACUGGCGCGUGGACUGGCGAGGACGAGAGAUUUGACAUUGAACUCAAAUACGACAUCUAGUGAGGGAGACAGUACGACGUAUGACACAAUCAACAGAAUUCUACGGAAUUCGGCCCUGGCUGCGGCGAGGUCUUGUACAGGUGGUGAGAGCGGAAAUGUAUGUGGUUUGGAUUGGAGAAGCGAGAGUUUCGAUGGAAAUGAGGGGAUUGGAGAGGAUUUAGCUGCUUUGGAGGUCAUUUUGGGGAAUUUGCCACGGAGACAAUUUGCGACUGAGAAUGAGACGGUGAAUGGUAGUGGUAAUGGCACCCUGGGAGCUGGUUCGAACGCUGGAGGGAAUAAUGGCACUCAGGUUCAGGCGCAAGGCGGAGAGAACGUGGCUUCAGGACUGAGACUCCCCACGUUCGUGCUCGCUACUUUGAUGGCUGGUGCUGUUGCUGUGCUGUUGUAGGUGUUGCGCAGAGUCAAGAAAGGAUUCCCAAGCAACUCAAGCAUCAUUGAGAGUUGGUCUGCACAUCGGCCUCUGUGUUCCAUGUUUCCUGUGGUCAUACGCAUGUUAUAGCAAUAAGCGUAAUUAGAGUAGGCCUAGCGAAUUAUGCACGCAGACCAAUUUCUAGGUAUGAACCAAGAAACAUUGGUUUACCCGCC